UUGAAUUCGAGUUUUUAGUGAAUAUUUCAAUGAAAAUGGGCACGAAAAACAACGGGCCGCUUAUAGAUCCAGCGUUGUGUAGAUUGUGUCGUGCCAUAAAAAAAUGCAGAAUUCUAACAGCAGAGUACACUUGGAUGGAUCAAAAAGAAGUCUACGCCGAUAUGGUGAUGGACUGCUUUGGCAUUCUGUUGUCCCACGUAGAUGACACAGAGAAAGAUUCAGGCGUCUGUGCUACAUGUGUGGUGAGACUGAGAGAUGCCUGCGCUUUCAGGCAGCAAGUACUCCAGUGCGAGGACCUGUUCCUUAGCUCAAAACUACACGAUAAGGACACUGAUGAUCAAAAAGCUGAGAAGGCAGCUCUGGACAUAGAACUGAAAAUGGAACCGAAAGAUGAUGAAGACCACCAUUCUAUAGGAGCUGUGGACCACGACGAUGGAAUGUCCGUCGAUUACUCGGCUGAUGACUUGCCUGAAGAUUCUAAAACAGAAACGAAACCACCGAAAGAAGAGAAACUGAAUCCGGAAAACGCGCAGCUCCCAGAGAAACCAUCGAAGCUUCUAGAAGACGACGGUGGCGGGGGGACGGACUGGACCGAUUCAUCGUCCGACUCGGACAAGCCGAUCAAGAGGAAGGUCAAGGCCGGCAGGAAAAAGAAGAACGGCGUGCAGAAGAAGGAAGGAAAAACGAAAUUGGGGAAGAGGAAAAGUGGGACGGCCCAAUCGAAAAAGAGUCGUGCCCUGAAGCCGCAGAUCGAAAAAAAAAACAAUCACGAUCGGGACUUAGACUGCAUGGCCGAGGAGAACUUAAUGACAAUCGUCCAGUAUUCGUACGUUUGCCCGUUCAAGAACAGACGCAACAACUAUUACUGCUUCUACUGCAAGGACUAUUAUCCGAAGCCGGAGGAUCUGAGGUCGCACACGCUCCAGCACGACACGAAGCCGUUCCAAUUGCUGAUGGGCUACAAGAAGAUGCCCAAACUGGACAUAACGCGCAUCGAUUGCAAACUGUGCCCGAUGAAGAUCGACGAUCUGAACGUUUUCAAAGCCCACGUCGAUCAGAUACACGGGAAGAAGAUCUACUUCGAAGCGCCCGACAAGCUUCUUCUGUACCGCCUGACUUGGAACGACCUGGUCUGCGUCAUGUGCAGCGACGUCUUCGAAGACUUCAACACGCUGAACACUCACAUGGUGGAGCACUUCAGCAAUUACACGUGCGACGUUUGCGGCGUGUGUUUUUUGGAGAAGACCAGGCUUGAUGCCCAUCUGAAGAGGCACAAGGAUGACGAGAAGCACACCUGCGAGAUAUGCGGGAAAGUGUUCAAGUCGAAUCACUACAAAGAUAUGCACGUUGAUAUCGUGCACAAGAAGAAAGCGAUUAUCCGUUGCCCGCGCUGUGACGAGUGCUUCAUGUCUUACGCUCUGAAGAACAAACACCUGACUGAGGCCCACGGACAGAAGCGAACGUAUCCCUGCAAUCUGUGCGACAAAGUGUACAACCGUCAGAAAACACUGACCGAGCAUCAGAGGAGGAAUCAUCAGAAAGUCCUGAAGCACCAGUGCGAGUAUUGCGACCAGAGGUUUUAUUUACCGUCGCGUCUAAAGGAACACAUGGCUACACACACGGGAGAGAGGAAUUUCCGCUGUGAAUACUGCGAAAAGAGCUACCCGAGGUUAAAGUCGCUGCAGUAUCACAUAAGGACGCACACAAAUGACCGUCGGUACCGGUGCCACGUGUGCGGUCAGGCCUUUAUACAGAACGCGAGUCUGAAGUCGCACAUAAAGAGUCACCACCCCGAAUGCGAUAUAGAGGGAUGCUAUUUUUAAUACGCUUUCAUUAGCUUCAGAGGUAUGUAUGUUUGUAACGGAAUCUUUGAUCGUGAUUUUGACCCCCCUUCAAAAC